GCCUAGCAACGUCACGGCAUUAUAAGCCAACCCAUUACAUCAUCAACACCCGGAAUGUAAAAUGGCAAAACUAAAAAAUAAAAUUAAGAAAAAACUUUCGAGUACGAGGAAAGUGGUCCUCAAGAUGUUCGUCUGCAUGUGCUGCCCAACUUUAGUCACGAAAAUGGAGGUCGACGCAAACGAAUGCAACGAUGCCGAUGACCUUGUGGUGACUCGCGUUUAUAGGGCCGCCAGAUUCACCAACGCCGUCGCUGCCGAAAGGAUGCGCGUCCAGGGCUCAAAAAGCGCGACCCUUGCAGAGUCGCAAACUGCCGCCGGAACUAGCAGACGCCAGAAAAAUCUGCACGAAAAAACGCGGAGACCAGCUUCACCGAGAACGUCCGCAAUAUCAAGGGAGCGAAUCUCGUCGUGGAAUCGUGACUCCGAGAAUUUUGUUAUUCCACGGAGCCCGGAAGAAAACGACACCGGAAGCGAGAAGGGCGCCUACGGAGACACCAGCCUUGACUUGACAACAUUGCAGGCGUAUUUGAAUUGGAUAUAAUUGUUUGAAUGUAUGUUUGUUUGUUUCUAUGUAAUAAAUAAUUGUGUUUA